AGCAGCAAGCUAAGCUCUCGUUGGUAAGCUAAGCUAGUUGCGACAGCGACGAACAAGCUAAGCUAGAUACUGUCGUUUGAGUUUGAGGUCCGUCAGCGUCAUGGAUGGAGAGAAGAAGGUGUCGUUUAGGGUGAGGGAGUUCGACAUGGAGAGGGACCUGGCGGCUGUCGAGGAGCUCGAGCGCCGGUGCCAGGUCGGCCUGGGCGGCGACGACGACCCCGACGACGACGACGACGACGACGACGACAGUGGCCGUGGCGGCGGCAGCAAGCGGAGGAAGACGACGAAGAGAAAGAAGAAGAAGAAGAAGAAGAAGAAGAAGGGCAUGUCGCUCUCCGUCGAGCUGGUCGGCGACCCGCUGGCGAGGGUCCGCCACGCGCCGGAGCACGUCAUGCUGGUUGCCGAGUAUGGCGAGGAGGCGGAGAUGGUCGGGCUCAUUAAAGCCUGCGUUAGGGUGGUGAGCAGAGGCAGCGGCGGCAAGACACAGAAACCAUCGUCGUCCUCCCCGAAGCAGCAGCAGCCGCCGUCGCCGCCGGCGUACGUGAAGGUGGCCUGCCUCCUCGGCCUCAGGGUCUCUCCGUCUCACAGGCGGCUGGGGAUCGCGACGGCGCUGGUGGAGCGCGCGGAGGAGUGGUGCCGCGAGCGCGGGGCGUCGCACGCGACGAUGGCGACGACGACGUCCAACGCGGCGUCGCUGGCGCUGUUCACGGGCCGGUUCGGGUACGCGCCGUUCCGGCGGCCGGAGUUCCUGGGCCGGCCGGUGCACGCGCACCGCCUGCCCAUCCCGAGCACGCACCGCGUGUACCAGCUGCCGCCGCCGCUGGCGGCGGCCGCCUACGCGCGCCUGUCCCCACCGCACGCCACGGAGUUCCUCCCCGCCGACAUGCCGGCGCUGCUCGCCCACAAGCUCACGCUGGGCACGUUCGUGGCCAUCGAGAGCGGGCCGGAGCGGGACCCGUCCGCGCCGCCGUCCUUCGCCGUGCUCAGCGUCUGGGACUCCACCCGCUCCAUGCGCCUCCGCGUGCGCGGCGCGCCCGCGCUGCUCCGCGCGUCGCUCGCCGCGCUCCGGGCGCUCGACCGCGGCGCGCCGUGGAUGCGCGUCCCGUCCAUCCCGGACAUCUUCCGCCCCUUCGGCGCCUACCUCCUCUACGGCCUCCGCAUGUCCGGCCCCGCGGGCCCUGACCUGCUCCGCUCCCUCUGCCACCACGCCCACAACGUGGCACGCAAGAACCCGGACUGCGCCGUCGUCGCCGCCGACGUCGCGCCCGACGACCCGGCCGCCGCCGCCGUCCCGAGGUGGCGCCGCUUCUCCUGCGACGAGGACGUCUGGUGCAUCAAGAACCUCAGCAAGAAUGCCGACGACGACGACGGCUGGGCGGCGCCGGCGCCGUCCGGGACGGUCCUGUUCGUCGAUCCCCGCGAGUUUUGACGUAGCCAUGGCCACCGAUCGAGCCAUGCAUGGCAGGUGUAGGCAGAGGGCUAACCACCUCGCCUCUGCCAAGUUUUGACAACUACUGCACACGUGUACAUACGCUUGGUACCGCAAUGGCAAUCACCUGCCUUGCCAUUUGUGGUAUCAAACCACCCAAGCUAAAGUGAUGAUGUCUGUAACGGUAGCAUUUGCUUCUGGAUUUAGGAUAGCGACGAGGUUUGUCUUAGUUUCUUUCUAAUCAAUGUCCAAGGAAGAAGAACCGGUUGACGUGUGUUUCCUCAA